AUGCCCAGCCCCGUUCCCAUCAUCGCCAUCACCGGCAUCAACGGCUUCGUCGCCACAGAACUCGUCCUUCUCUUCCUCGCUCGCGAAUGGCACGUCCGCGGCUCCGUCCGCACCCCCGACAAAGCAGCCGCAGUCAAAACUCAUCCUGCUUACGAGCGGUUCUUCCAACAGGGCAGCCUUGAGGUGGUGGUGGUCGAGGACUUGGACGAGAGUGAUUUGGGGCCGCUGAUGGAGGGCGUUCAGGCUGUUGCGCAUCUCGCCGCCCCUCUUCCCAAGCUUGACGAUCCUAGCCUCACGUUGGAUGACUUUAAAAGACCCAUUGUCGAGCCCGUGCUGAGGAUUCUGCAGCAAGCUCACAAGCCUUCUUCCACAAUCAAAAGCAUCGCUUUCAUGUCAUCUGCGGCAUCGUCUGUCGAUCUGGGCGCCCCACCAGGCAAAGUGUACACCGAAAACAACUGGACGCCUUAUACCGACGAAGAUUGCAAGUCUCUCGACCCUCAUCAAAAUCCAAUGGCGUCCGUCAUCUGGUACUUUACCGCCAAGAAACAAGCGGAGCAGGCUGCGUUCGAAUUCCAUAAGAUACACCAACCGGCCUUUUCUAUCACUACAUUUUGUCCUCCCAUGAUCUACGGCCCCGCGCACUAUCUGCAGCCCGGUACCAACAUGUCCACCGUAACCGGCUCCCAAGAAGGCUUCGUCAGCCUCUUCAAAGGACGCGAUGCGCCCCUCCCGGGCCAGUUUUUCUGGAGUUUUGUGGAUGUGCGGGAUGUUGUUGACGCAUUCCAUGUCGCUUUAACCAAGACUGUCUCGGGGAGGUUUUUGGUUUCGGGUCAUGAGUACACCUGGCAAGAAUUUACAGAUAAACUCCAGCUCAUCCGACCCGACUUGUCCUCGUUCUUCCCCCUGGGCCAGCCAAAGUGCAAGUCUGAGGGAGGGGGGUAUACACCUGCCAAAUGGGCUUUCGACUCGAAAAAGUUGAGGGAAGAGUUGGGUAUCGAGUGUAUGUAG